AUGCCUAAACUGCCUCUUUGUCCUUCCUGUAAUAGAAAGAUUAAAAGUGAUCGCCGAAUGACGCGAAUUACGGAUGAAGCAUCGUUGAAUGCAUUGAAAAGUAUGUAUAAUACUCCGCUUGAAAUUAAUGCUAAGGUAUGCGAUAGUUGUCGUCUAUUGAGUAAAAGAAAAAUUACAUAUGUUAUUGAUGAAGACAAUGAUAAACCUGACGAAAAUGAAGAUUCGACUGAAAGCCCAACUAACGUAAAAAAGGUCAGGUUACCAAUUUCGAGAUGCCACUCUGAUCAGUCAAAGUGUAUUAUUUGCAAAAGUGUAAAUGGUCGAAAUAGAAUUACUCCUCAGGCAAGAUUAAAGGUCUUUGUUGAUUAUGGUAUUCUUAUUCCAUCAAAUUCUAGAUCUUGCAAUAUUCACUUAGAGGAUGAAUUCUUGACUGACAGGGCAGUCAAUAUGAUGGAAUUAUUGCCAUUUUCCGAUCUAAAUGCCAAUGAGUUAAUGGAACUUCUAAGUGCUCUCCGACAACAGGCAAGGAAAGCCGGUUUAGAUUUUGAUAAUUGUACCGCCCUAACUGAUGAAGAUUAUUCUCGACUAACAGGUUUAUGUAAAAGUCAAUUUGACCACGUACUUGAAUGCGUCCGAGACAACAUACGACAUACUACAAAUCGUUCUCCGCGAAAGUGUGUAGCAUUAUGUUUAAUGAAGUUGCGUACAGGUCUUUCACAUUCCAUCUUAUCCACUCUUUUCGCAAUGGAUAAAAGACAGAUUGGUCGGUCGAUUGCAACUGCUAGAAAAGCUCUAUCUAAAUGUUUUGUUCCGCGAUAUCUUGGCAUUGAACACAUUUCACGUGAGGAAGUUAUCAGUAAGCAUACAAUUGCCAUGGCUAAAACCCUUUUCACGAAUAAUCAAGACGAAGCUAUUCUCGUAGCUGAUGGAACUUAUGUUUAUAUUCAAAAAAGCUCUAAUUACUCGUUCCAGAGAAAAACUUUUUCUGUACAUAAAGGUCGACCUCUAGUUAAACCCAUGAUGAUAGUUACGACUACUGGCUAUAUACUAGAUGUUUUAGGUCCAUAUUAUGCCAACGGAAAAAACAAUGAUGCGAAUAUUUUUACAGCAUUGCUUCAAUCAGACUCUACGAAAUUACGCCAGUGGUUGAAAAGUAAUGAUGUCUUUGUUGUUGAUCGUGGAUUUAGAGAUUGCCUUUAUUUACUGGAAGAUCUUAAUCUUGUAUCAAAAAUGCCUCAUUUCUUAGAAAGAGGAAAGCAACAUAGCACUCUCGAAGCAAAUGAAUCGAGACUAGUUACUAAAGUUCGAUGGGUUGUUGAAGCAGUCAAUGGCUUAAUAAAAACCUGGAAAGCUCUAGAUCAUGUCUUUCCAAAUAGUCAAAUACCCUACAUUGGUGAAUAUGUUCGUAUUGUUUGUGCUUUAUGUAAUGCCUUUAGACCCCCUCGUGCCCAAAACAAGCCAGAGGAUGAGAUAAUUGGAAAUCGCAUGAUGCAAUUAGUUUCACAACCCAAUCAUCUGCAAGAACUUGUUGAACUUGAGGGUUGGGGAAAAAAGCGAGUCAUUUGGGAACCUUUAACACAUGACGCUUUUAAUGAUUUCCCAAAACUAACUAUGGAUGAAUUAACGUUAUUAACAUUGGGUGUAUACCAGAUUAAGCAGGCUAAGUCUUACACAUUUGAGCACUUACACGAUGAUGGUAUGUACUCUCUUUUCAUUCACAAACAGGAGAGAUCCAUAAUCAGACUUCAGAUUCAAUCUCGACAUACUUCAUCAAAACUCUACAACUUAUGGAUUCAGUACAACAUUGGAAUCAAUCCCAUUGCUGGUUGGUACUGUCAAUGUAAGGCUGGCGCUAGGGUGGUAGGAUGCUGUGCCCAGUGUGCAAGUGUGUUGUGGUACCUUGCAUACGCACGAUAUGAAAUCAACAGCACAAACAAACCCUCAGAAAAGUUUAACAAUCACGUCAUGGAUGCAUCAUCUUGCUGGACAGAUGAUGAAUCAAGCAGUGAAUCUUCUUGA